AUGGACCAUCAUGAAUCAUCUAAUGUUGAUGAAGUAAAUCACUCAUCAAUAACCCAUCAUCAACCUGCUGUCAGCAAUCAAGAAGAUGAACAUCAAGAAGGAUCCACUUCAUCUUCUUCCUCUUCAACUAAUUCAUCAAGAAGAAGUAGUCUUUCUGAUGAUGAAGAAAAACAACUAGAUAAUACAUCACAACCACAAACAAUAACACCUCCAACUAGUCAUGAUGAUAGUACCACUACUACCAACAAUUCCAAUGAUAAUAAUAAUUCUACUGCUACUAUUGUGGAUACAAAAGUUGAAGGUAGUCCUUCUAAAUCUUCUUCUACUCAUCAUAAGGAGGCAAGUGAUGACAGCAGCAACAAUUCUGUAGAACAACCACAAGAAGCAAUUACAACAACAAUAGAAGAAGUAAAUCAUCAUUAUGAUGAACCAGUUUCCAACAAUUUGAAUUCUUCAACUACAAGUACAGCAGAAAUAACGAAUGUUGACCACGAUGAUCAUCAACAACAAGAAGUAUCAAAGGUACAAAGCGAGACUAUUGUCGAAGAACAGAAUACAAUUAUUGUAGAAGAAACACCUGUUGGCCAGGUCAUUAUUGACUCAUCACAAACAUCGUCCACUGAUGUUGUCCAACAAGAAGUAGUACUUGAUGAACCAGUUUCCACUAAUAUUACACAAGAAGAAACAUUGGUUUCUAGGGCAGACUCCAACAGUGAUGCUGUUGUAAUUGAACAACAAGAGGUAGCUGUUAGUAUCACUAAUGAUAAUACUACUACCAGUAAUUCAACUUCAUUUGUUGCUGAUGUUGCCAUCAGUGUUGAACAACCAACUCCACGUCUAAACGAAGAAGAAGAACCUGUACAACAACACACUGAAGUGACAUCAUCAUCAACUAGUCAAACAAGUGUUGAGCAUGACACUACCAGUUCUGCUAGCAGUUCUACAUCUUCCACCAAUAAUAAUAACACUGUUACUACAACUACAAGUGGAAAACUCACUAUUACUUCAUAUAAUGGACCUCUUCCUCCUCCACCUGCCACUCCUCCUCCACCAAUGACAGAAGAGGAAAAGAGACGUCAACAAAAGCUAAUGAAAAUGAUUGCUUCAACUCUCUCUGAUGACACUAAUGGAAAGAGCAGCGAGCAAAAAUCACCUUUACCAGUGAAUAUGCAAGCUAUGGAUCCAUUUUCAAUUGAGGAAAUUGAUCAAACACAGUGGAUGGUAUUGUUCAAUACUGGAUCUCUUCGUAAUCAGACAUCUAGAAGAAUUUUGAUGAGAUCAUCAAGUAUGAGAAUUCAACAACAUUCUAAUAGUAUGCUCAUUAGUAGCGGAGGUGGUAGUGUUAAUACAUCAUUGAAUACUCUUGGAUCACCUUCUGAACAAAAUGCACUCUCUCCUGCUACAGGCAAUUCCACCAAUGAAUCCAGUAGUAAUGGUACAAAAACAUCACCAAGCAAAGAAAAUUCAGAACAUAAGGGAUUACUUGUUAAAAACUUUUUCAGAUUCCUUUCUUACGGAGGUGGAUAUUUACAAAAAGUUACAAAGAAAUCAAGUGAUGCAGAUACUAAUUUGGAGGAAGUUGUUUAUUUCAAAUUCCCUCAUGUGAGACACUGUUUGCAAGUUUUCUAUAAACCAUUCAAGAUUUUGCAUUAUGAAGCAAAUCCAUACAGAAUGUCUCCUUUCAAACCACAAUAUGCAAUUCUUAAUUCUGAGGCUCCUACUAACAGUACUACGGUAACAACAGCAACACAAUCAACUGAACAUGAGGAUAAAUCAGCUAAGAAGAAUAAGAAGGAACAAAAGAAAUCAGAGGAAGAGGAGAAUCAAGAUACAAAUGAUGACGAUAUCUUACCUUCCAUGUCCAAGAUUUUAGACAUUGAAAAAGCCCAAGCUGAAAAGGCUACUGAAGUACAAACUUCUAAAGAUCCAGAGGAGCUUUUCCGUGCUACUGAACAAAUGGGUGACUUUACAGAAAGUGGCUUGUCCAAAAAGUUAAAGAAUGCCUUGUCUAGAAGUAGUAAUCGUGAUUCUAUUGCUGCUUCUGGUAGUGGUAAAUCAAGUUCAGCCGGUUCCCCUGCAGCAACAAACAGAGACAAGAGAAAAUCAAUUUGGAAUAAUAUCUUCAAGACUACUGCACAAAAUACCGAAUCUAGUACUAAGAAGGACGAUAAGGAAGGAAAGGAAGGAUCUGAAACUAAGAAGGAGGUUCCAACCAUCGAUCCAAACGAUCCAAACUUCCCAAGACAAAUGAGCUUCACCUCUCUUGUAACUAAUCAACAAAACCUUUCAGAGAAGGAAAUUGCCAAUCUUCAAAAGAAGACUGGUGAAAAGAAGGCUGUUGAUGCUUUUGAUGAAAUCGAUAUUUCCAAAUCUUUGAAAAAGAGUUUGGUUGAAAAGGCUAAGGAAUUGUGUGCUAAGCGUCCUCUUGAACUUUUGAAUGAACUCACUGCAGAACUGCAAAAGACUGACAGUUUGAGUGUUGAUCCUCAAAAGAAAUUGAACGAUAUUGCCGAAUUGAAUCGUAAAAAUGUUCAAAAGGAUACUAAGAGAUUGAUGGGAGUUUUACAACCAAGAUAUGAAUACAAACCACUCCAUACUACUAUGUGUCAAAGAUUCCCUGAAAUUGAAUAUCCUGUCAAGAAAAAGUUCAGAUUCCAAUUAUCAUGCAGCGAUUUUAUUUUUAUGGAUAGUACUGAACUCCAAAAUGAUCUAUUCACAUUCUCUGUUGCCAUCUAUGAUGCCAAAUAUUUAAAGAAGGUCAGCGAAGAUUAUCACUUCCACAUGUUCACUGAUGAACAAUUGAUGAAACUUCCAGAAUCCCUCCAUAAUUCUCUUCAAAAGAGAGGUGUUGCUAGAACUGAGAAGAGAUUAUUCUCAGUUUCUUCACCAAAUGAAGAAAUGUUUUUGGUAUUGUUUGUUAACCGUGUAUCCAAUGGCCCAACCAAGGAUACAAUCAAGGCACACAAGAAGAAGGAAUUUAGUUCCGAAUUUUUAGAAAAGAAGGACAAGUUGGCUUUCUUUAGGUAUCCAGCAUUCUUUGGAUUUGUACCUUUAUUUAAAAUCAAUGAGAAGAAGAUAGAGUUGACAUCUAGUAUUUUGAACUUUGAACAAAUGUUCUUUGUUGAAGGUGAUUACAAAAAUCCACUCAAUGUUUACUCUGCACUUAAGCAAAAGACUAAACACCAUUCUGUUAACGCUACAAUGAAGGUUUACGUUGAGUUGAUCAGUGAUCUUCAAAAGUACAAGUUAUCAAAACCAUCAGAAGAUACUGGAGCUGGUAUUGGUGAUAGUCAACUCAUAUACAAGCAAGAUUCUGAAGACAGUGGAAGUAUCAAUGAAGACCACUCAUCUUACCAAACACCAAACAAUUAUUUGGGAGAUGAUAGUACUGAUGUUGCCAAUGUUAUGGAAGAAGAAGAUGAAGAAAGUGAGGCCGAACGUCGUAAUUCAGUCAUCCUAAAUUCUGGUGAUUUCGGAAAAGCCCUCUUUGAAGAGCAAAUGAAGAUUUUAGAGUCUAUUUCAGUUAAUGAAAUUCCAUGGUACAAAAUCAGAUAUCCAUACAUGAACUUACAAAAUACUUUGUAUGUCUAUCCACAAGGUGUCAAAUUGGAAAAGGCUAAUGGUAAGAACAUUCUCAUUGAGGUAAUUUUCAGAGAAUCAGAUAGCACUAUUCCAACAUUGGAAGAGCUUCAAAAAUCUAAUCCAGUCAUUAUUAACAGAUUUACUUCUGAAAAGAAGCAUAGUGAAUUCUCUGCUCUUGAGUAUGAUAAUAAGACUCCACAAUUCCUUGAUGAAAUUAAGCUUGAUAUUCCAGCUGUUUCAAACAAGGGUAAUCACUUGCUUUUCACUUUCUAUCAUAUUGAUAUUGAUAAAAAGUCUAAUAAGCUAAAGUAUGAAUUCUUGGAUAGAAAGGAUGAUUUUGGUAACAGUGAUAGAGCAAUCCUAGGUUAUUCAUUCUUGGAUUUGACUGAAAAGAACAAGAUUUAUGAAGCUGACAAGGCACAAGCAAUCUAUCAACUCAAACAUACUGAUUUCCAAAAGCAAUUCUUUACUGGAGAACUCAGAGUAUACAAGGAACUCCAACCAGAUUACCUUACUAAGAGUCAAACUAAGGGCACUCUUGAAAAAAUAAGUGAUGCCAGAUUCAAGCUUAUGGCACAACUUGUUUCAACAAUCAAUCCACGUGAUGAUAUUUUGAAACUCUUCUUUGCCAGUAUUCACGAUUUGUAUAGCCCUGAGACUGAGAAUAAGGAAAAGAUUUUGGAAUACAUUUGCAGAUCCAUUUUGAUGAAGUUCUGUGAUAUUGACUUUUCCUUAUUUAUGCCUCACUUACCAAUUGUUAUGAAUAUUUUGUUUGAACUCAUGAGUAACAUUUCUGAUUUAUCUAUUCACUCUACUGAUUUGAGAAAGGGUGCUGAAAGAUUAAUCUUCGAACAAGUAUUGGUCUGUUUGAGAGGUGUUUACCAUCUUACUAAGAAUCAUACCAGAGGUAACAAGUUUAUGGCUUCAUAUACCAAGUAUAUCUUUGACGAAAUGAAUAGAGGUUAUCCAAUUUAUUCAGUUUUAACUCGUGUCUUUACUGACUAUUUGGAAGAAUUGACAAAGAUUUUGCAAGAACCAACCAAACACUACUUUGUUACUAACAAUUUGACUGAACACGAUCCGUUCCGUUUCUCUUGGUUUAUCUUUGAUGUUAUUAUUAAGAGUUUGACAUUGUGUAUCAAGACUGAUUCUUUGGAUUGUCUCACCAUCAAGGACAGUUGGUAUUUGAAUAAGUCUAACGAUGGAUAUGGGUGGAAUGAUGAACAUCCACUUUCUCAAGAAUACUUUGUGAGAAAGGUCAAACAAUUAAUGCAUCACUUCUGUUCUCGUACAAAGAAAUUAUUGUCUUCUAGUGGUUCAGGUAGACAAAAUAUUGGUUUGAAUAGUAACAGAAACUUGGCAUUGUUUAUUAGAGAUUUAAUUCCAUUCAUUGAUAGAGAAUACUAUAUUGAUAUUGUCAAGCACUAUAUGGAUUGUCUUUCAGGAGAUGCUAGUACUGAAGCACUUUUGAGAUUAAAGUCAGAGUUUGUUGCCAUUUUGUGCGACUAUGACUAUUUCAUUCCACUCAACAGUUUGCAAUUGCAAGAAGGAAACUUUAUGGUUAGACACUUAUUUGAUGUUUUCUUUGCCACCAUUGAAACUAAUAAUGAAAAGCUCAUGCUCAAAGUUGGCAAAUACUUGUUAGAUUUAUUCUGCAAGAUUGACUUUGAUUCAAGAUAUCAAGAUACAUCCAAGAGAGCCGCUAUUGCAGAAAUUUUCUUGUAUUUUGUUGACAGAUAUAUGGAUAAGGAAGAAUACCUUACAAUGUUCCACAAUGAUGAACUUUACAUCUUGACCUCUUUCUGUCUUCUUUGGGUUUUGAGAAACCUCUCAGAACAAAGACUCAUCCAAUGGUGGACUCAAGCUCCUCUACACGUGAUGAUCAAUUGUAUUUCAUUCUUAGACUAUGUAGUCAUGUCUGUACAUCACCUCGAUUAUUCUUCAUCCAUUCCAAAAGAAAGGAAGAAGGGAGGACAAAGAAAUAUUCGUAUCGAAACAGUUUUGUCUGUUAAUUAUAUCCUCAGCAAGAUCACUGAGAAGAAUGUUCUCAAUCAAAUCUUUGAAAAUAUCAAUGUUAAAUAUCCAAUAGAUAAGCUCUUGGCUAACAAGGAAGAAUAUGUCCAAGUCAUUUCAAAACUAGAAAUCACCAGAAAUACCAAGACAAUGACUCCAGUCAAAUCCUUGCUUUUGCGUUCAAUUUCAAGAUUGAUAUUUAACAUGAUUUUCCAAUUGACUAUGAAGGAUGAAUUCAAGGUUGUGUCUCUCAUAUUCCAAGAUUGUUUGCAUCCAUUCCUUACUAGCUUUAACCACAGUCUUGUCUGUCCAGAUUUAUAUGACCUAACAAUUCCAAAGAAGGACAGAGUUCCUUACGCCCAAAAACGUAAGGUUGAACAAAAGUGGAGAUGGCUUUUGGGAGCUUGUAGUUUGUACACUGAAGAACUGAUGGGUGAUAAGGCUAUUGGUGAGUCUAUUCAAAUCUCAAAGGAAUGUAUGGCUUUGCUCUUGGAACCAUUUUCUUAUGUUCUUAACUUUGAGAGUGAAGUUGAUUUGGAAGAUGAACCAGAAGAUGUCAAUGUUGAUAUUAAGCGUAGUACAAUUUCAUCUGGUACAUUGAAGAAGUUGGUGGAAAAAUUCGUAGGAAUGCUAACAUUGGAAGGUGAAACUGAAUUGAGAGGUGUUUUCCAUUCUACCUUCCUCAAUACCUUCUCAUCAUUCACCACAGCACGUUCUCUGAUGAAUCGUCUUAUGGGAGUCUACAGAUCUGUUAUCAAGAAUAACACUGUUCGUCUCUACAUUGAACAAGCAAUGAAUGAACUCCUCAAGGAAGCUUUCCAUGCUCUUGACAAUGAAGCUGUUGCUCUUUAUGCGCACUAUUUUGAAGAAAUUGCCCAACCAAUCAGAAAGAAACAACAAGAGGAUGGUGCAAAGAGGGUUCACCCAACUUUGAAGAAGAUUAGAAAGACUCUUGUUCAAAACUUGCUUAGUUUCAAGAAGGAUGAAUCCGGUUCAACCAGUCAUCAUGGCCAAUCUAACACUGUCAUGAUUCCUAAAGGUGUUCCAAUUGAAAAGUUGAAAGAACCAGAAAUCUCUCUUAACCAAUGGAAGAUUCAAAAGUCCAAAUACAUUAAUGAAGGCAUGCCUAAUCCUUACAAUAUUCAAUUCAACUUGUUGAGUUGGCCAGCUACUGAAAUUGCUAGACAAGAAACUAUUAUUGAUUUGAAGAUCUUUAAGAAGAUUGAAGCAAACGAAUUCUAUAACUCUGCAUGGAGUGAUAUCAAGUACAAGUAUGAAUUGGCUCCUCACAUUUCUUCAUUGACUGACCGUGUAAACAAUAUCAGUUACUGGGUUCAAACUACAAUCUUGACAGAGUCAAAUACCGAAAUUAGAAAGGCAUUGUUUAAGAAGUUUGUUGAAAUUGCUAAGGAAACUUAUGAAUUGAAUAACUAUAGUGCCUUCUUUGCCAUUAUUUCAGGUUUGCAAUCUGUUCCUGUUUAUAGAUUGAAAGAAACAAGAAAAGUUCUCUCACAAGACGAUGCCAACAUCUUUAAGAUCUUUGAUGACUUACAUGCUAACAAUCGUAUCAAAUUGAGAGAAAAUUUGAAGAAUACCAUUGUUAACAAUAAUACUCCAAUCGUUCCAUUUAUUGGUAUCUUCCAAACUGAUUUGACCUUCACUUCUGAUGGUAAUCCUGAUGAAUUUAAUCACCCUAAGAAUCCAAACAAGAAACUCAUUAAUUAUCAAAAGAGAAGAAUUUACUAUAAUACUAUUCAAACUGUAAAGGAUUUACAAAGUUGUUCCAACUUGUAUCGUUUAGAACCUAUUCCUUACCUUCAAUAUGUUCUUAAAGAACAAAUCUUUGAAGGAAUUAUCACCAAUGAUGAUGAACUUCACAAGAAGUCUCUCGUUAUUGAACCAAGAAAAGCCCAAUAAACCACUUUUAUUUA